AUGUCGGUUUUGCCUGGUAAUUUGUCACUCAAUGGGACGAGCUUAUUCAUCGAGAGCCACGGCAGCACGGACAAACCCAGCGAGCACAGAACUUGGAAUGUCUUUCUGUUCUGCUUGACUUUUACCAUUGCAUUCCCAGCUCUUCUGGGCAGCAUUUAUUCACUGGUUUCCCUGCUGAAAAUGCAGAACAAAACCACUGUGUCCAUGAUUGUGACCUCUUUGGCAAUAGAUGAUUUGAUCACCGUCGUGCCAGUGAUUCUUUUCAUGCUCACCCAGUGGUCAAGCGAAGCCCUGCCCCAGCCUCUGUGCACAACCUCAGCACUUAUGUAUUUAUUCCAGGGUAUUUCUAGCAAUCUGAAAGGGUCACUUAUAGUUUCUUACAACUUCUACACCAUGAGCACGACUGAGAUACUGAGCUACAGCUCCUCCGAGCGACGCGUGAGUGUGGUGUGGGCCAUCCUCACCAUCUGGAUUGUUAGCUUGCUGAUCUGCAUUUUGCCCCUCUGUGGAUGGGGUGGGUACAUCCCCACCUCCUGGGGCUGCUUCACUGACUGUGCCAGCUCCUACACCCUGUUUGUAUCCAUUGCCUACUCGCUGUGCUGCUGCCUCCUCACAGUGCUGGCUGUGCCUCUCACUUACCAGCUGCUGUGCUCGGGUGAGCCUCAGCUCCUACACUCGGAGUACCUGGAGGUGUCUGGAGGCUUCAACACCCCCGGGACACCUGCAGGCUGUGCUGCACCAUCGCUGUCACCGCUGGACCCUGGGGAUAAAACCCUGGAGCACUCCCCAAACUCGGAGGCAGUUUUUGGGAAAGGAGUGGCUGAAAGUGGUACUCUCAUGAGCAGCACACAGAGCAGGAGCUUCAUGGUGGGCUUUGCCCAGAAACGUUUCUCCCUCAUCCUUGCACUGACCAAAGUGGUUCUCUGGCUCCCAAUGAUGAUACAGAUGGUUGUCCAAUACUUCACUGGUCUGCAGAGCCUUUGGCUGGAGACACUGAGCUUCCCCCUGACUUUGCUGGCUGUCACAGUCACUCCUGUGUUUGUCCUGUCAGAGCACUGGGUCCAUCUGCCCUGUGGCUGCGUCAUCAACUGCAGGAGGAAUUCCUGUGCAGUGUCUUCAGAGGAUCUCGAAACCAAACGCAGAGGUUUCGAGUUCAACCUCUCAUUCCAGCAAGGCUAUGGAAUCUACAGGAUAUCCCAGGAAAACCACCACCGCCACCACAAUGGUGAUGGUAAAUCCACGUCCUGCCACAACCUGGUGAGCUGUGCUGGUGAUGAGCUGGAGCCUGGCAGGGGCAGGAGUGAUGCCCCCAGCCCUGGACGGUCAUUGAUCCCCCUCACGGCCCUGGCACACAGCUCCCCCCCGGGGGGGCCCAUGGCAGGGCUGGACCCCCCACAGCACCCACCAGCUGGGCUGGGAGCCUCUCGGGGGGAGCAGGGCACUGCCUGUGAUCCCUCGGUGUUCCCUGAAGGACCAGAGUGGAGGUUAUCCCACGAGGAAAGCCACAAGCCUGAGCUCACCGACUGGGAGUGGUGCAGGAGCAAAUCCGAGAGGACUCCUCGGCAGCGCUCGGGAGGGGCCUUGGCCAUCCCUCUGUGGGCAUUCCAAGGGACUGUGUCCCUCCAGGCACCCACGGGGAAAACCUUCUCCCUAUCUACCUAUGAGGUAAGCUCUGAGGGGCAAAAAAUCACCCCCACGGCCAAGAAAAUUGAGGUUUAUCUAUCCAACAGCGUCGGGCAUGAGCCAAACCCAGAGGAGUCUCCCAACACGUUUGCUGACACAAGUGUGAAGAUCCACCUAGAGGUGCUUGAGAUCUGUGACAAUGAAGAAGCCCUGGACACUGUGUCCAUCAUCAGCAACAUCAGCCAGUCCUCGGCGCAGGCGCGCUCACCCUCCCUGCGCUACUCGCGCAAGGAGAACAGGUUUGUGUCCUGUGACCUGGGCGAAAGUGCCUCCUACUCCCUGCUCAUCCCCUCCAACAACCCUGGCAGCGACAUCAGCAUAUCCAUCCCAGACACCGUGGAGGCUCAUCGGCAGAACAGCAGGAAGCAGCACCUGGACAGAGAUGGUUACCAGGAGGAGAUUCAGCUGCUGAACAAAGCCUACAGGGAGCGGGAGGAAGGUGGGGACAGCAGCUGA